GGUGGUACAAAAGGUUCGAAUUAUAAGCUCACAAAAAUUUCGGUUUUUCAGGUUAACGUACUUGGUCACAUGUAUCUGGCCGAUGUGCUAAUCAAAUGCCGUCCAGCUAAGCAUCAAAUGCAUUUCGUCUGCGUAUCAUCGGCUCUAUUCAAGCUCUGUGGUGCGUCAUGGCCUCGUUGGCGUGUGCCAAAGGAAGCCGAUGAAUGGGUUGAAGCGUUUCGUCCACGAACGCGAUCAGGAUGGAGAGCUUAUGCUCUCAGCAAAUUUGCCAUCACGCUGUUAGCAUCACGUCUGAAUCGUGUUGAUGGCGUCACAGCUGUGGCUGUUAAUCCAGGAAAUGCCAUCACCAAUGUCUCCCGAAAUAUGCCCAAUCGUCAUCGGCGAUUGCUCACCGUGUUCAAGAAGACGCUCAUUAAAGCAGCCGCCAAUGUGGUCCGUGCCUGUCUUCAUCCUCUGCCACACGGGAAGUUCUACGACCAGGCGAAAAAGUCUUCUCUUCCGAAGGCGUUGACAUCGGAACGAUUCAUGCACAACCUUAACCACCUUUCCCAACAGCUAGUCCUUAGCAUUACCGAGCCUUAG